AUGGCCGAUGCUAUCUCGCCCUCACCGCCGGAUCUGGUUCCACCGCCCAGCACGGGCCCGGAGCUAGACCCAGAGACGGAGGAAUUAUGGUCGUCCAGAGCGUUGUUACUCGUGCUGCUCCUCCUGAUCCUGUCUUUCUGGACGGCCUACUACCUCAAGGUACGCAAGAUCAAGAGCGUUCACGAGACGAUUGUAGCAACCUUUGCUGGCAUGUUCGUCGGAUUCGUCAUACGGGUCCUGCCAGGCGACGCGAUACAAGGCAUGCUCACGUUCAAGAGCACCAUCAUGCUCAAUGUCUUGCUGCCCCCCAUCAUUCUCAACAGUGGCUUCGAGCUCCGGCAGGAGAACUUCUUUCGCAACUUUGGCGUCAUCCUCACUUUCGCGUUCACUGGCACCUUCAUCUCUGCCAUCGUGCUCGGCGUGCUGGUGUAUAUAUGGGCUCUGCUAGGACUCGAAGGACUGUCGUUGACGCUCAUCGAAUGUCUCAUCUACGGCACGACCCUCAGCGCGACAGACCCCGUCACGAUCCUCGCCAUCUUCAAUGCCCUCAAGGUCGACCCAAAGCUAUACAGUGUCAUCUUUGGCGAGUCCAUCCUCAACGAUGCUGUCGCUAUCGUCAUGUUCGAAACGCUGUCAAAGUUUCAUGGCGAGAAGAUCCAUCUGCUGUCUUUCUUCCACGGCGUGGGCAUCUUCCUUCUCACGUUCUGCACUUCCAUGGCGCUCGGCGUCAUCUUUGGCCUCGGACUCUCGCUCAUGCUCAAGCACUCCAACCUGGCUCACUACCCCGAGAUCGAGAGCUGUCUCGUCACGCUGACGGCGUACACGAGCUACUUCUUCAGCAAUGGUCUCACGAUGAGCGGCAUCGUGUCCCUGCUGUUCUGUGGCAUCACGCUCAAGCACUAUGCCUAUCACAACAUGUCACGACGGACACAGAGAGCGACGAAAUACAUCUUCCGUACGCUCGCACAGCUGUGCGAGAAUUUCAUCUUCAUCUAUCUCGGCCUGGCCCUCUUCACUCAAAAGCAACUCGUCUACAAGCCUAUCUUCAUCCUCGUCACUGCACUGGCAGUUUGUGUAGCACGUUAUGCUGCCGUAUUCCCCAUAUCCAAGCUCAUCAACGUCGUCUUCAAAGCGCGCGGUCAGCGACAUGACGAGCUACCGCAUUCUUACCAGAUGAUGCUCUUCUGGGCCGGCCUCAGAGGUGCAGUCGGCGUGGCUCUCGCAGCGGGCCUGACGGGGGAUGGCGCCGCUGCUCUGCGUACCAGCGUCCUCGUCACCGUCGUGCUGACUGUCAUCUUCUUUGGCGGGACGACCGGCCGGAUGGUGGAGAUCCUCGGCAUUCGCACUGGUGUGGACGAAGAAGAUGAUAGCUCUGAGGACGAAGGCUAUGCGGGCAUCUCGGGCAGUACGAAUCAGUAUCACGAGGUCAGCCACGCGCACAACUCGAAGCAAUCACUGCAAUCCAUGGAGAAUGGCUUGGCGUCAGCGGACGACAGUCAGUACAUCGACUGGAGUACAAGAGGUCAUCAUCGUCAGCAGUCCAACGGCUCGCGGAACGUACCUUAUCCCUCUAUGCCGCCAAGGCACAAUCGUCACUUUAGCGAUCAAUCGAUUGGAGAAGAAGAUGACGAGACCGAAUCGCCCACCAGACUAGACCCAGAUCGAGCAGACGAGCCGCCGCCUGCUGACGGACAAGACCAUACGCAACAUGUCUGGCGAGACGGUCAGUGGUUCAACGUUUUGGACGAACGCUUCCUCCUGCCUGUCUUCUCGAACGCGACUGCUUCGCGGCGACAACAGUCCAAAAAGCAGGCGUCCAGACUGGCGCGACACCAGAGCGGCCAGUACGGUGAUAUGUCGCUCGACGAGGGGGACCUCGCGGGCAGUGGCGCCGACUCGCCCGUCAACAAGCGUGACAGCUCCUCGUCAGUGCCCAAGAAGGAUUUUGAGGGCACUUUCUCAAGUGUCCUAUCCUCGUUGGUUUCGGGCAACCCGGGCGUAAGCUCAUCAGGCGUAUCGGCGCCCAGUACGAGCGCGAGCAAUUUUGCCGCCGCCAUGUUGGGAAACGGGAGGAAAAGAAGAGAGAGUGACGAUCCUGCCUCACCGGGCGAUCAGGAUGAUGGCUCCACGAUCGAUCUCUCCCUGGCCGGUAGAACGAGUAUGCAUCCAGAUAACGCUAGCCGAAGCCGGACAAGCCAGUCCUCAUCGGCCAGUCUGGUGCCACAGACCAUCGUGACCGCACGCAGGACAAGCGCAGACGACGUUAACGACUGGCGAUAG